GUUCUUUCACGCGACAGGAUGUGACGUUCUGAUUCAGCGACGAAGCCUGACGUAAACAGAGGUUGAAUAAUAAAUCGUCCAAAGGUGUAGACAAACCUGUGAUUAUCAUCAUAAUCAUGUUUCAUGGAAUUCCUGCUUCAGGAGGAAUGGGAGGAGCUCCAGCCAAUAAACCUGAAUUAUACGAGGAAGUGAAGUUGUACAAAAACGCCAGGGAACGAGAGAAGUAUGACAACAUGGCUGAGCUUUUUGCUGUGGUAAAGACACUCCAGGCGUUAGAGAAGGCGUACAUUAAGGAUUGUGUGACUCCCAAUGAAUACACAGCCGCCUGCUCCAGAUUGCUCGUGCAGUACAAGGCUGCUUUUAAACAGGUCCAGGCGUCGGAUGUCGGCUCAAUUGAUGACUUUUGUAGGAAAUACAGGCUCGACUGUCCACUAGCAAUGGAGAGAAUAAAAGAAGACCGUCCGAUUACUAUAAAGGAUGACAAGGGCAAUCUGAAUCGCUGCAUUGCGGACAUUGUAUCUCUCUUUAUCACUGUCAUGGAUAAACUCAGGCUGGAGAUUCGAGCCAUGGAUGAGAUCCAGCCGGACCUUCGGGAACUGAUGGAGACGAUGAACAGAAUGAGCAACAUGCCACCAGAUUCAGAGGCCAAAGACAAAGUCAAUCUUUGGUUGACCACGCUGAGCAGCAUGUCCGCCUCAGAUGAACUCGACGACUCGCAAGUUCGCCAGAUGCUUUUUGACCUGGAGUCUGCCUACAAUGCCUUUAACCGAUUCUUACACUCAUCCUAAACAGCACCCUUUCACCAGAACUCCCCUGUAUACGAGUUCCUUUUGCUCUUGCUCAGAGUCCUUCUGAUUUGAUACUGAACUGGUGUUUGGGACUGUCGUGACUCUCUGUGAUCAAGCUGAGAUGUGGUGUAGAAUAUCUCGGUCUGUCUGUAUUCGUGUAUAUGCCUCCUACUUUCAACUCUAAUUUAUUUACAAGAAUUUAACAAAUGACUAAUUCUUUAAAGCCCUCUAUCAUAUCAUAAAGCUUCCUGUACAUUCUUGACAGAAGCCCUGUAUAUAAGUUCAUAUGUUUUUGAAAACACAGCAGUGGUCAGCUAGGACAUGGGAAUUUUACUUUUUUUUUUUUUUAUCACUAAAAAUGUGGAAUUGUUUUUAAUGUCAUAACGUCUUUUUUUUUUUUCUUCAUUCAUUAUAAUUAAUUAAUUAAUUUCCAAAGUUUAUAAAGUUAUACGGUGUGGUGUAGUCAGUUUAUAGGGUACUAGAGGGAUAGUACCAGAAGGCAAUUCAGUGAAAGCACUCAGAAAAAAAAAAAGAGUACUAAAAUACUUUAAAAAUUAAUUUUUUUUUUGUAUCUUUUAGUGCUGUAAACAAUUGCAUCAGGCAGCCUGAAGGUGUUAUUUAGUUCUUUAAAUAAUUCUUAAAGGUCCUUUGCAUUUAGUUUACCAUGUAACAGAUACAUACUGCAGGAACAAACGCUGUACUCAGAAGAGAAACCAUACCAGGUUACAGUUUAGUACUUUUUUUCUGGGAUUUUCUGGGGUUAACAUACAAGGUGAAGAAUAUAUCGUUUACUAACUAAAAUAUUAGAUUUUUGCAUUUCUGAUGUUUCAUAACCAUACUUUGAAUUUCUGUUAAUGAUGGAAUCAUGAUGUAGAUGUUCAUGGAUGUUCUUUUUUGAGAAAUUGGUUUCACUACUUUUUUUGCAAAGUCAUAUUUAUUAAAGUACCACUGUUGGAAAAAAAAA